UCGCCCGACGCGCCACUCAAUCGCGUGCACAGUGCCGUGCGCAGGCGUUUGGGCAUCGAGGACGCCUAUGUGGCGUGGUUGAACACCGGCCAGAAGUGGAAGAAGGGCCUGGCGUGGGCACCAGGUCGCAACUAUCUGGAGCGUUGUCGCCGCAAGCGCACUGAGUAUUUCGAGAGCGAGGUCGAGAAGAAAUGAGAGGAAAUGGAAGGUCGCAGUGUGAAGCGAGAUGUGUUCGUCACACUCGUCAGUCAAAACACAAAAAGCUUGUUUAUGUUUUCUUCCUUGCUUCCUUUUGCGGCCAUUUGCUUUGCAGAAUUGAGUCUUCACCGACUUGGACUAUCGCGCAUGUUUAUUCACUUACUCACUGGCUUCAACGGCCUGGUGCGUCGAGACACUACGUCUCACAUACUCACUGGCUUAACACGGCCUGGUGCGUCGAGGGCAUCACAUACAUGUCUCCCCUGCGUUUUACUCUUUCAUAAUGCGGAUUUCGACAAUGAGAUCGACCCGAAAAGCGAGCGAAUGGAUUUGGAGGAAAAGGAACGAAAAUCAGGACAAAAAAGAAAUGGUGCUUUCAGGUUGAGUUUGUUCCGGAUGCGGUAAUCGUCACUUUGGCUUCACUAACACACUCGUUUGCUUGGCCUAGCUGGCUUUCUUUUGUUUAUGAAGA